GAAGUUUAACGAACAGGCCGAAUUUUUAAACUUUCAUUAUUAGCGUUUGUCAUAAAAUCGGAACGAAUGAUUCGUCAUUUAUUCACUUGCGUUGAGUAUUGGACUAUUGGUGUCAGUGAAUCGAUGCGUAUUGUACUUAUCGUCUUUAGAACGCCCUCACAGAGCCGGUUUAAUACCCAGUUAUCACCUAACGCGAAUCAAAGUGUGAUUUUUCGUCGAGUGUUGCACCUUUUGAAAUAAUAAUUACAUAGGCAAGUAUUCGGUGGAUUUUUGAAAAUGUACACGUUACCGAAUCUGGUGGCAGUUCAGCGAAUUUCUAAUUUGCCCAUUAUUAAAUCGAGCUUGGAUACUGCGACGAGUAUCUAUAUCAAAGUCAAGAAAUCAAAUCGUUUAAUAGAAUGGAGUCUGGGAACUGCAGAAGCCACUGUAACCAUUGCAAUCGAUUUAACCAAACCCGGUAUUGUGAUGUUGGAUGGCCCAAUACACCUGAUAGAUGAAAUUUUAUGUAAAUCGCUGGAUAUGAUGGAAGAAGCAGUACCUAUCAUCAAGUCUGAGCCCGAUAAGCUGUACAUUGCGACCAAAGAAUACGUUUCUUCGGUUAUGGAGCCAGUUUUAAAGCGUGCUGAUUCGGUUAAAGAAAUCGGAAUCCAAAAAGCGGUCAGUUACAGCAGUUUUGCCGCCGAAUCGUUGGAUAAUGCUUUGACCGUUGCCGAUGGAUACGUGAACAAGUAUUUGCCGGAGUUACCCGAUGGUUCUACAAAUCCAUCGACACCUAUUCCAGUGUCACCUGAACCUCAGAAUCCUACAGAACGAACCAUUCGACAUGUGAACAAAUUUUCAAAAACCUUGAAAAGAAGAUUAACCCAACGUACUUUAUACGAAGCUAGGGAAUUGAAAAAGCAAGGAGUAAAUGUCAUUCACGUGCUCGUACAACUCGUUGACUUGUUGGCGAAAGAUCCAAGAGCUUUUGGACAAAAGAUGAAAGAUCUGUGGUCACAUCUAAGCCAAGAUGAGCCGGAAAAUCAAGCUCCUCCGCAAAAUUUGGAACAACUUAUUGUUAUGUUGACCAGAGAAGGAGCUAGAAGAUUCGUUCAUGUUGCCAAUUUUACUGCCACUACAACUUAUAAUAUACCGAAACAUGCUAAGGAAUACUUCACAUAUUCUAUUAAUUUAUUCAGCGAAUAUGUUCAAAAACUAGAAUUAACUCCCAGUGGAAUCAAACGUCAAGCUGAAGUUUUAAGAUCUGCCAUUAAUGAUAUUUUCGACAAAUUUCUUUCGUUAAUAAAGGUACCCCAAAACGCUUUAAUGGUGAGAAACAGAGAUUGGCAAUGCAGCAAUAUCGAAAACACAGGCUUCGCAUCCGAAACAACGAUAAGCAGAUUUGAUUUUCGGCUAUUCGUAUUUUUAAUCCAGAAAUACCAAGAUUUAGCCCAAUUAACAAAUGAUAACGAUGAACCAUUAGAAAUCGAUUAUAGCCAUCCAGUCCCGCAAUCGAACCCAAACCGUCGAUUACUCCACUCUCCAACAAAGCUUCCAACAAGAAGAAAGAAAAAAACGCCAAAAACGAAGAAAAAAAAACCACCCCAAACGCCUCGACUUCAAACGGCGAUAGCAACACGAAACCUCAAAACGGAGAAAUAGUUGCGAACUAAUCAUUUCAAAUUAUGUAUUAAAUUUUACUUGAGUUACAUUUAUCGUAUAAAAUAGGUACUAGGUAGUUUAUAAUUAAUUGUAAAAUUCAUCGUUUAUUUAAAAACCCGUUAUUGAUAUUUUUUAAUGUGAAAUUUUAAUAAUAUUCUUUUUUGUAUUUUUUUGUCUCAACGUGAGUAAUGUGCAAAUAUUUUUGAAUAAAAUUCUCUUUUUAAGUA